AUGGCCUCUCAAGAGUCUCAGGGACAAACCAAACUAAUCUUUAAGGAUUACCUCCCUGGUUCUUCUGACACUUCUCAGCAGAAUACACCUGUUGAACCAACAAGUCUCUGGAAGCAAGCAUCACACACUCAUAAUUUGCCACCUGGUCUGGAGUACCUGAACCAGCUGGACCAGAUAAUUAUUCAUCAGCAAGUGGAUCUUCUGGAAGCCAUACUUGGCACAGAGACCUCCAGCAAAUACGAGAUAAAGAACCCCUUGGGACAGAGAGUUUACUUUGCAGUGGAAGAGAACGGCUGCUUUGACCGCAAGCUGUGCUCGCCCCUCCGGGCCUUCACCAUCAGCAUCGCGGAUAACGCUGGCCGCGAGGUGAUCCGCGUCAUCCGGCCCCUGAGGUGCACCAGCUGCUGCUUCCCCUGCUUCCUGCAGCAGUUAGAAGUUCAGUCCCCACCAGGUACAGUAGCUGGGUAUGUUGUACAGAACUGGGACCCUUUUCUGCCAAAGUUCACCAUACAGAAUGAAAGUAAAGAAGAUGUGCUAAAAAUAAUUGGCCCAUAUGCAACCUGUGGCUGUUUUGAAGAUGUUGACUUUGAGGUAAAAACUCUGAAUGAGAUGACAACGAUCGGCAAAAUUUCCAAGUAUUGGUCUGGAUUUGUCAACAACGUCUUCACCAACACGGCCAACUUUGGGAUCCAGGUUCCUGUGGAUCUCGACGUGAGGAUCAAGGCAGUCAUGAUUGGUGCUUGUUUCCUCAUUGACUUAAUGUUCUUUGAAAACUCUUUGGAUGGAUUAUAA